UGUGCACGCCACCCCAUCCCCAAAAUUCUCAGCACAUCAACCUCUUAUUUUCCUCCCCAAAUUCAACAAUUUUUUUUCCCAAAUCCAAGACUAAUUCAACGAAUUUUUCUCCAAUCCAACCACCAAUGAAUUCACCCUAUGAGGACAUUAGAGUACUACUUGAUCAUCACAACCCCUAUCAUCAGCUUCAGUGUCUGAUCUGAAAAAACACACACCCUUUGAAAUUUAGAACAAUACCCAGAUCUGUAAAACACACACCCUUCCCCGACCCGCUCCCUCCCUCUCUCUCACCCUCUGUUUUUCUCUCUCCUCACCCCACCACCCUGUGUCGUUAUUUGCAGAGAGAGGAGGGAGAGUUUUCAAAAAUUUAUUUUUAAUUUAUAAUUAAUUUAUAAUUUUUUAAUUGUUAAUUGAUUCUUUUAAUUUAUUUUAUCUAUUUUAUUUUAUUUUAUCAGUUGAUGUGGCUAUUAUAUAUGAUCUGAUUGUCUUCUUAUUCAAUGACUCUCUUGAAGUUUCUUCUUUCUUUUUUGGUUGGAUAAAUUUCUCUUGCCUAUGUAAAGGCUCUCUCGCACUAGACAAGGCAGAUACUAGUUCUUUACUUUGUACUAAUUACUGCCUUAAUCUUGUUGAUCCAAUAUGCGUAUACACAUGUUAUAAUAUGAGUUGACUAUAUCCUUUAUUUUUCUCCCUUUUUGAUCUAAUUUUGUGCAUCAACAUUUGAUUGUUAUAUCUUUUUCAGCAUCGAAGAACUUACUGCACCAAGAGAAUUGUCACUACCAAGUUGGGCAGUUGAGAAAUCUGCCACUGGAAAUGAAGGUGAUAGACCAAGGAGAGGAUGGCCAACAAUAGUAGAGAGCAUUUUUUAUCGAGGGUCAUGGGGAGAUCAUAUCUCCAUACCAUAGUUUUGACAAAAGGAACCAUAUUAGUUGAAGAUGCUUUGGCAAUGGCUAACAGGAUUUGGAGGAUCUCAUCACACAUCUUAAUUGACAUUUUAUCGGUUCUUCCCAUUCCACAGGCAGUGAUCCUUAUCUUCAUGCACUCUAGUUCUUUGAAUACGAGGAAGUUUUUGGCUUUUCUGGCUCUGUUACAGUAUGUACCACGAGUUCUUCGUAUCUACUUAUUGUGUACCAAACUCAACCAGCCUCCUGCUAGAGGGACUGAGAUAUGGAUUUUAUUUCAAGGCGCUUUUAGUUUCUUUUUGUACAUCCUUGCUAGUCAUGUAUUUGGAGCUUUCUGGUACUUUUUAGCUAUCCAGCGAGAGAAGGCUUGCUGGCAAAAUGCUUGUCGAAACAACAAUGGAUGUCAAGCUACUACCUUCUACUGCAAUGGUCGUUCAAUCAGAAACAUCACAUUUCUGGACGACUUAUGCUCUAUGAAUCCACACAAUACUAAUGCAACACCCUUCGAUUUUGGUAUGUUUGUUGAGGCUGUCCAGUCUGGUGUGUUGGAGUCAACAAAUUUACCGAAUAAAUUCUUUCAUUGUUUCUGGUGGGGCUUGCGAAAUCUAAGUUCUCUCGGGCAAAACCUCGAGACGAGUAACUAUACAUGGGAAAAUAUCUUUGCCAUUUUUAUUUCUCUAAGUGGCUUGCUCCUGGUUCUACUAUACCUCCCUACAAAUUUGAAGAUAUGUAUGGAGUUGGUAACUAGAACAUCAGCCAAGAUGCGGCCGCUGAAAAGGAAAGAUCUAGAGGUACAACUCUGGUUAUCUGAAAAUGACAUCCCUAAGGAUAUGAAGGCGCCCAUCAUGCAAAAGGUGCACAAACUUGAACAAAACACAGAUGUUCAUGUGGAGAAUAUCCUCUCUAUUCUUCCCUUGGAAGAAAAGAGAUUUAUUAAGCGACAUCUCUGCUGGCCUACAAUGAACAAAGUUCCAAUGCUUCGAGAUAUGGACGAUCAAGUGUUGAAAGAAAUCUUUGACAAUCUCAAGCCAGUGAGCUAUACAGAAGACAAAUGUAUAAUUGGAGAGGGUGAACCACUUGUUAAAAUGCUCAUCAUCACUCGAGGCAUUUUGUUGACCUACACAACUAACAAUGGUGCUAGAAGAAGUAGUGGAGGUUCUUCAACCACCACCAAGCGUCUUGCCAAAGGUGAUUUCUGUGGAGAAGAACUUCUAACCUGGGCAUCAACAUUCUCCCCGCUUUCAGACUUACCCAUCUCCACAACAUUUGUCAAGUCCCUCACAAAAGUUGAAGCAUUUGCGCUCAUGGCCAAUGACUUGAAGAUUAUAGCGUCUAAAUUCUGGAGGCAUUUUAGCAUGGAUGCUCGGAUGCCGGUACAUCUUGCUGCAAAUCUUAUACAAACCAACUGGCGCCGCCGCAAUACAAGGGGUGCUAUACCGAAUCCUCUAAGCUCCAGCGAGGAGUUCCGGUUGAUGACUAUUAUGACUCAUCCGGUCCACUUGAAGAAAGGGGAGAAGGAGGAGGAAGAAGGGUAGUGAGGACAGUGGUUGCUGAGAUUGACGGAACGAGAGGCGAAGAGCAUGAGGUGUCGGUCGUGGGCCUCUUCUGGGUUAAUUUCGUGGUCGUCAGAGGUGGAGAGGUUGAUGCUGGUUUGGGUUGUGGAGGACGGGGUUGCCGACGCUGGGGUUGGAUGGUGUUCGUGUUCUGGGAUUUUAUUUCUUUACUUCAAUUUCUUUUGUCAAACAUGUAUUUUAAUAUAUUUUAGUUUUUUU